GAUUUCCCGCAUGUAUGUAUGUCUUAUCCUUGCCUGACAAGGAUGGGACCCUAUUUCAGUUUCGGCCAGCGAAGGAGCGAUAGCCUCGCACCUAUUUUCUUUUUCUUCUUUUUGAUUAUUGAUUUCGUGGUAUUUGUUUUUCCUGUAUUACUGUUUCUUAUUUUCCUCUCUUUUUUUAUUUUUGCGAUUUUUGCCUUUCGCUUGUUUGCUCGACGUUUAUUUCCCUCUGACUCGUUCUGAUCGCCAUUUCUUCAACGAGCAGCGCUCCUGCAGAGUUCAUUCCAGCUGGAACCCAUCACCUCCGACGGUGAUUACACCGGCACCCAGCGACAGUUCCCUGGUCCGACUGGUUUUUCUAUGGAUGACGAGGACACCCAUCGUCGAAGUGGUGCUGUUGGCAGUCAUCUCGCUCAGGCCGUCCAGAUACCUGCCACCAAUGGCUUGCGAUAUAACACGCAACAGUCUGCGAUGCAUGAUUUACCUCGUUAUGUGUCGAGACCCGCCAAAAGUUUGCCUUUGACUUCUGCUUCUUCCGUCAAGUCUCGCCCAGACUAUAUUUACAAACGAAUUUCCGGCGAGGUCAUUUAUCUAACCACCAUGCUCUUUUUAGAUAUGGGACAUCACCCACGCUCCAGCUUAUGAGUCCUUCCGAUUCCUGUUCCGGUUUGUCCUUUCCAUCCAUCCCAUUCAAUGAGAAUAUUAAGCAGCCUUGUGUGAUUUUUUUAAGGCUAACGUCAUCCGAAAAUAUUUGUUGUCCUCUUUACAGAGACUUUCUCUUCAGCAACAGGAC